AAUACUUUAUUCCAUAUGUACUUUUGCGGUUUGAAUAUAAGUAUAUUUACAUUUGAAUACGAAUGUAUAAAAUAUUUUUUAUAAAUAAGAGUCUGAGUAAUCAAUUUUGAAAAACUGUGGAUUAAUAUUAACUUAUCUUCUGUGAAAUGAAGAAUGUGAUACGGGCUUUUGUUAUACUCAGUGUAUUUAUAGCUGAGACAUUCGGGCGUAUUGAAAAAUGUGAUUACUUGGAUACCGUCGACCUUACAUACAGCAGGAAAUUUGAGAAUGGGUCUUACCUAUACGAAGAUAUAUUAAUACCAAAGGAAGAAACAGGGGAAUACAACUACCAAAUUCUAUUUAAUGGAAAAACUGAAAUAAUUCCCAACCACAUAAGGGGAUGCAUUUGCCAUUUAAAGACCUGCAUUCGAUUUUGUUGUAACCCAAAUCAAACUCUUGUGCAGGAUAAAAGAGAAUGCGGGAAUGUCGACCAAAAUUUAGAUUACAACUCUUUCUUAAACAUAACUUAUAAUGAAACUCAAAUUAAACAUGUUGACGUCUUGAAGUUGAUGGUACAACAACAUCUACCUGUACCUUGUGACGAUCAUUUAGCCCUUAACCCUGACAAUCCAAAUCACGAGUGGACUUUGUAUGAGAAUGGCAUUCUUCUGAGGCAUUUCGAUGGGGCUCAACUUUCAAAAGCGGAUUAUUGUUUACAGCCCCAAAAAUUUCAGAAUACUUACAGGCUUGUACCGCAUCAUUGUCUAAUUCCUCCUAACCUUACUAACGCAUAUAUCCAAUCUGUAUCGAUAUUCUUCUAUAUUAUGGUUAUAUUUGUAUAUCUGCUUUUGCCAUGUUUUAAAGGUGUUUAUCGACAAUGCUGCUUAUGUUAUUUUGGGUGCCUGACUCUAACUUUUAUACUUAUUGUUAUGAUACGAUUUGAUUGGAUAAAGCCACAUCAAAUAUUAUUGUGCAAACUAACAGGAUAUAUUGGGUACUACAUUACAAUUUCCACGUUUCUCUGGCUUUUAAUUAUAAACUAUGAUCUAUGGAAAACAUUUAACAACAUUGGGAUAAGUCACGGGUCAAAAUUUUACAAAUAUAACAUCUUUGUUUGGGGUGUUGCAGCAGUACAACUUUUAUUAACACUUUUUUGUUGAUUUUGUAAUUGGAAAUUCAAACUGGUCACCUAAUGUCGGAGAAUAUUUUUGUUGGAUUGACACCGCAGCUUGGUCGUCAAUAAUCUACUAUUAUGGUCCAAUUAGUACUUACUUAACAUUCAACACGACACUAUUUAUUAUUACUGCCUCUAAGAUAUUCUUUCAAAAUAGGACCAAUAGACGUCAGCUAACCCAAUCGGA